AUGGCUUCUCAACAAGUCAUUUGUAUUGUUUAUUACAAUGGUUCAAUUGUCGAUGGAGUUGAAGGGAAAACAUUUGUAAGUGAUUACAAAAAGGCGUUCAAAGUACAUUCUAGCAGCAACCUUGCUCGUCUAAAGAAUGUCAUUAAGAAAAAGUUGCAGUUCGACGACAACGUGACGAUAACUGAUAUAGUUUAUCGACACCUUGUCUUCUUUGGUGAGAAUACAACCAGUUUUGAAUUAAUGAAGGUUUGUGAUGACGAAGAUGUUCAACUCAUGUUUGAUGUUUAUGCACAAUGGUCACAACUUGGCACCAUUGAGUUAUCCAUUACAUUUGAAAGUGGUCUUACUUCAACAAAUCAACCAUCAACCUCAAACAUGCCUAAUCCCAACUAUAUCCCAUCACAACACUAUGAACCAUACUCUAGCCAACAACUUAGCCCUUAUCAACCCGACGUACAUUCUCCAUCACAACACUAUCAACCAUACUCUAGCCAAAAUGAACAAACUCAACAUGUCCACAAUGUCUCCCAACAACUUUAUCACGAAUCUCUCCCAACAAGUCCACAAUGUGAUCUUCCACUUAGUGUCCAUUAUAAUAUCAAUGAGGAAGAAUUAGGUGAUUAUAGUGAAGAUGAUGAAACAUACUUCGAUGAAUCAUCUGGUGAUUCUGACGAUGAUGAUAUUGAUGAAGAUAUGGAAGCAGAAGAUCAACUUAUCCCACCUGUAUUCGAUCCACCAUUCCACAUGAAGAACAUAAAUCUCUCCACCGCAAACCAACCAACUGAAUUUGAUCACAUGUUCAUUGACGAAGUCCCAAAUUUAGGUGGAACUCUUGAAGUUGGAAUGAAGUUUCAGAGCAAGGAUGAAUGUGUACAUGCAAUCAAGCGUUAUCAUCUAAAACAAUCAUUGAACUUUGUGGUGCAAAAAUCAGAUCUAGAAAGGUACGUUAUUAUUUGUUCACAUCCAAAUUGUUUGUUUAGAUGUAGAGCUUCAAAACGCAAAAAAAAUGAAUUGUGGGUGAUUGGGAAAUUGAAUGCGCCUCAUACAUGCACAAAUUCUGCACUACCACAAGAUCAUACAAAACUCGAUUCUAACAUGAUAUGUGCAAGUAUAAUGCAAGUUAUGAGGAUAGACCCUUCAAUCAAAGUGAAUGUCAUUAUUGCUCAGAUUCAGGCUUUGUAUAACUACACAAUUAGUUAUAGAAAAGCUUGGUUGGGAAAAAAUAAGGCAAUCGAACAAAUUUAUGGCAAUUGGGAAGAGUCUUACAAUCAACUUCCACGAUGGUUAUUAGUUAUGCAAACGUUUGCUCCAGGAACCAUUAUUAAAAUGGAAACAAUCCCAGCUUAUAAUGAACAUGGUUUGAUAAAUGGGACGACAAUCUUUCAUAGACUAUUUUGGGCUUACGUUCCAUGCAUAACUGCGUUUAAAUUUUGCAAACCAAUUGUACAAGUUGAUGGAACUUGGUUAUACGGCAAGUAUAAGGGAACUCUAUUGGUAGCAGUUGCACAGGAUGGGAACGACAAUAUCAUUCCAAUUGCUUAUGCUCUUGUGGAAGGUACACUAUUUCCAACCAUGGCAAAACAACACGCAUCAAUUUUAGCUUCUGGUCAGAUAUACACAGAAAAAUGCAUGACUUUUAUGAAAUCGGAAAUACGUAAAUCAAAUAGUCAUAGAGUCGAUAGUUUUGAUCGAAGCAACCACACUUUCAUGGUCCACGAGACAAUAGUUCCAAAAGAAGGGCGACCAAUUGGUCAUUUCAUUUUCAGUAUAAAUCUUCCUAACAAGUGGUGCGGUUGUGGAAAAUAUCAAGCUAAACAUAUGCCUUGUUCACAUGUGAUAGCAUCAUGUUCUAAUUAUUUUUAA